GCCUCACCAUUGUGCCCUGUUUGUACAUGGUUUUAUUUUCGCUAUUUAAGUACAAUGGAGUAGCUCUAAGGCCUGCGCUGUAUCUGUUUUGCAUUGGGCACUAACUUGUUUACGUUUUGCCAACAAAAAAUCAGGCUGCGGGCCUAUAUAUAGUAUGUCAUAAAAAAAUUUCCUUUUCAUUCAUUGAAUUUGUGUCUGUACCCUAUAAAUACCUCCAAAAGUCUGAAUAUUCGCGCAUUUGAGUCAAUGAUGAGACGCUGUCAAGCCCUGCCUGGGUUCUUGCUUCUGACCGUAAUGGGCUUGACAGCCUAUGGCCAAAACUAUUGCGAUCCGGAGCUGUGUUCUGGAGGUCGUCAUGUGGCCUGUCAGAACAGCGGACGCUUUGCUAACGGUUGUCGGGGCGAGUUCGUGCACGUGAAUUCCUACAUCCAGCUGAUCCUGCAACUACACAAUGAGCGUCGCAACAUGAUAGCUGGCGGCGGAAUCAGCGGUUUUACCAGUGCCGUGCAUAUGGCCACCAUGGCCUGGGAUGCAACGCUGGCCCAGCUGGCCGCCUACAAUGCCCUCCAGUGCCGCAUGGCGCACGACGAGUGUCGCAAUACCAACACAUACCGCUUUGCGGGACAGAAUCUCAGCAUACUCUUCUCACGGACAGUGGACAUUACGGACUUCCUGCGCCAGCGAAUAUCCGCCUGGUUCGACGAGAACCGAGAUGCAACCAGCGGCGACAUUGAGAACUACCAGAUGCGGGGCGGACCGGCCAUCGGUCACUUCACAACCAUGGUGAACGAGCGCAACAACCGGGUGGGCUGUGCUAUCGCUCGCUUUACGGACGCCAACAACGUGCAGGCCACCCUGCUGGCCUGCAACUAUGCCGUAACCAAUGUCAUAAACAACCCCGUAUACCGGGCAGGAGCCGCCGCCGGAGAGUGCACCACGGGGCGCAAUCCCGCCUAUGCCAAUCUCUGUGCAGCCAAUGAGCCCUACAACUACAACCAGUGGUCGGGUUAAGAGAGCGAGAGAUGGGAGCAUCCUAGCUUUAGGUGUAAUUUUGAUGUGUUUUCUGUGUUUUAUAAACCCUUGAGGGAUAUCAUUAUUUUAGU